AUGGCUAUACAACCUGGAAAAAAUGAUAGCAAAUCCAAUCAACAUGCCGCUGGUGCUCGAUUUCGUCAACGAAAAAUAUCGGUUAAACAACCGUUGUCCGUCUAUAAACAGAGUGAUCUACCGACACUAGAUGGAUCAGAGUUGGAACCGAGCCAGGUACAUCAUCUUAAUAAUAAUAUAGGACAACCUCCACGAGAUGUUCAUGCUGUUGAAACAGGUGUUGAUAAAAAUGAGGAAGAAGAAGUACAUUUGCAACAGGUAAUCAAUGCGGCUCAGAAAGCAUUAUCAAGUGCGAGUGCAGGAAAAGCGAAUGAUGUGUAUAUACCGACACCAGAUGCCUCCAAGAUAUGGCCUGAGGCUGCAAAAUAUUACAAGGAUCAAAAGUUUAAUGAACCAGAAACUUACAUAAAGUUUAGUGCCACUGUUGAGGAUACAGUUGGUGUUGAAUACAACAUGGAUGAAGAGGAUGAAACGUUUUAUAAAGAAGUACUUUUUAAAAUUCAACCGACAGGGAAGAAGAAACUAGAAGAUCUGGCAAAAUGUACCGAGCUCGAAUUCGAAACUAUAUGUGACCGAUUGGAGAAAACAAUUGAAGCUAGACAACCUUUCUUGUCAAUGGAUCCGUCAAAUAUCUUGUCGUAUGAAGAAAUGUCGAAGUAUAUCAUUGAUCAAUUCGAAAGCACAAUCAAAACUAGCAACCCAUAUAUAGAAUCCAGCGGUGGAAAUUUGGAAUACCUAUCUACCACAACACUAAAAGAACGGCUUUCAAAAGAAAUAAACUAUAAACCAUUUACGACCCUUUUUGAUAGAGAUCAGGAACAUACAACGCAAGUACGGCCAAUACCCAAAUUGUUUGAACUAUUUGGAAAGGCGGUGUACGACCAUUGGGCAAAACGGAAAAUUGCAAGAAAGGGAAAAUCAGUUCAUCCAACCCUUAGAUUUGAAGACCCCAAUGCCAAUGAAAAAGAUAAUGAGAAUGACCCGUAUAUUUGUUUCAGAAGACGUGAGUUUAGACAAGCGCGUAAAACAAGAAGGGCGGACACAGUUGGAGCCGAACGAAUUCGUUUGCUACAAAAGUCACUUCAUCGCGCCAGAGACUUGGUGAUGAGCGUUUGUGAACGAGAAAUUUUGAAUUUACGAAAUUUGCAGGCUGAAUUUGAUAUAUUCAAGACUCGUUCCGAAGCUAAACAGAUAAAAAGGGAACUCGGAAUCAAAAGUGAUGAUUAUUUGUUCUUUCCACAUAAAAAGAGGAAAGUUAUCAAGCCAAAGGAGGACGAGGAGGAGAAGGAGAGGAAAAAGGAGAAGAGGAGACAAGAACAAGAACAAGCUGCAAAAGCUCAUCAACAACAUAUUUUACAACAACAAAAUGCGAGUCAGCAGAACCAACGUGAUGGAACAUCCACAAACCAACCUUAUGUCAAAUUACCACCAUCGAAAGUCCCUGAUAUGGAUCUUGUUACUGUUUCAUUGGUUUUAAAGGAGAAAAAUGAGACUAUCAGACGUGCAGUCUUGGACAAACUUCGCAAAAGAAAAGAACAAGACAGAGGAUUUGUUAAUGUUACUGAUGACCCCUAUGAGCCGUUUUUCGAUAUUUCCACUAAUGAUAAAUUAGUUGAAUCACGCCAUAUUCCGUAUUCGUCUAUUGCUGCUACUAACUUUCAUCAAUUCAACACUUCAAAUUAUCUAAGUGACCCCUUGAAAACAUUAAUCGAAGAUAACAAAUCAAUACCAGGAGUUCGCACAUUUAGAGGUUCCAAUGGGGAGUUAAUACCUACAAAAGCUUUUCCUCACACUUCGGCCCUUCUACAAGAAAAAUUUACCAACAACAAAUUCAACUCGCCCAGUUACAUUGCUCAGUUAUUACAAGACAUUGAAAGUAGCAACUUUGAUCAUUAUACUCAUGGGUUUGCCAAAGAAAAUACAAUAGAAGCAACAAGGGAAGCCGACGAGAAUGCAAGGUUUUCAGAACCAAUUUUGAGACUACGAAAGCGAGUUGCUAGAGGUGGUCGGGUUUUUCUUGAUAGACGUGGCCAAACCAGUCCUGAUAUUGUUGACCAGUUUUUGGAUUUUUCUGAAAUUUGUGAAGGAGAGGAGGAGGUGCCAGAUGUCUAUGACAGCCAAGUAGAUGAAUGGAAGCGAUUGAGAUCAAGAUGGAAAUACGAUACCGAUUUACUGGAGUCUCAGAAAGGCGCUCUCGACCCAUUCAGUCUCGAUCCUUCUAGGCUUAACAAUAUCAGUGAUGACACACAAGCAAUCAGGUUUGGAUCAAUGCUACUUUCCAAAUCUUAUGGCCUUUUAAAGGAGUCCGUUCAACAAAAGCAGCAGUCGUUUAUGCACCUGGCGCGAAUGAGAGCAUUACAGCAGCAGCAGCUUGCAAAUCGACAAGCACAAGCUCAGGCACAGCAGAAACAAUUGAGUCAGCAACCCAAUAAUGAGCAUGUCCAAUCAUCUUCUCCUAAUCAUCAAGUACUGAAACGCUCGCUGUCAGAACGCAAGAGUACUCCGAACUCAAUGAACAAUUCUAAACCUCUUUCCCCAGCCCAAAAUUCAAUAAACAAACUGGCGGCAUAA